AUAGUAACUGAUUUAGUUGUAAACUGCAUUUUAUGGCAGACUGAAGUUGACGGCUGCCAAAACUUGCAUGGCCUCAGAGAAGGUUGGGCAUGGAUAGCCAGAUUCUUAAAUGUUUUCCCUGCAAAUUUAUACACCGCAGCUGCAUUGCAGGCUUUUCUUGAAAUGGCAGGUUUUGCUCUACACAAAAGAUAUAAGACACAAUUCAGAAAGCUGCUGGAUAUCAUUGCUAGAGAUUUUCUAACUGCAUUGAAAGAUCGAGGUGAUGCAAAGUUGAUCAAAGUGAUUGUGAGUCUCCGGAGUUAUAUAGAGUCAAAUCAGUUCCUGAAUGAACCUGAGGGCUGGCGCCUCAGGAGUUCCUUGGAAUCACACAAUUUCGCUCCAGAUUCAGAUCAUGAUCAACAGUUUCAUUACCAACAGAAUAGAUUCUAUUAGACUAUUACUAGGUCUACAGAGUAGGAAUCCA